AUAAGGAUGGUGGGUGCAAAGGCGGUCACAAGCUCCAGCACCUCCCUCCGCCUGGCACAGCAACGCAGUGGAGUCAGCAGUGUCACAGUGAGUCUUCCCUUCUAUCAGGUGCUCUGCUGUGGGCCUGCUCCCUGUACCUGCUGCUGCCAUUCUAGGUGACCCCCUCUCACGGAGUCUCCUUGUAGCCGCCUGUUCUACAUCCUCCUCCAUGUGGGGACCUCAGCAGUCUGCUGCCUCCUGCUGUCAAGGAUGGUAGUGCAAAGAGUCUGGGCAAGGCACAUGGGGUAAAUCCAGAUGCCCUCAGGGCUGUGUGCCCAUCUGUUUGGCCACUCUCACUGCCCAGUGCUCAGCGGCUCUGGGGCUGUAUACCGAGUAUGUACAGGAACUGCCACCUUUCGCCUGCUGCAGGCUGUGCUGUUGGUCGACCUCCACUCCCCCACCAGCCUGAGAGCACAGCUGCAUAAGAGCUUCUGGCUCUUCAAGCUGCUGUUCCUGCUAGGUCUCUGUGCUGUUGCCUUCUGCAUGCCUGAUGAGCAUCUCUUCCCAGCCUGGCAUUACAUUGGCAUCUGUAGAGGCUUCACAUUCAUCCUGCUGCAGUUGGUGCUUUUUACAGCCUUUGCCCGUUCCUGGAACAAGAACUGGCAAACAGGUGCAGCCCAAGACUGCCGCUGGUUCCUAGCUGUGCUGCUGACCACCCUAGGAUUCUACAGCAUGGCAGGUUUAGCAGCUGUGCUCCUGUUCCACUACUACACACACCCAGAUGGCUGCCUGCUCAACAAGAUGCUGCUUAGUCUGCAUGUUUAUUGCUGUGGUCUCCUCUCCUUCCUCUCCAUCACUCCCUGCAUCCGCCUCAAGCAGCUCCACUCUGGCCUUCUACAAGCCUCUGUCAACAGCUGCUAUAUCAUGUAGCUGACAUUCUCUGCGCUAUCCAGCCAUCCUCCAGAGAGUGUAAUCCUUCAAGGACGGAAUCAUCUGUGCCUGCCUGGCCUGAGUAAAAUGGAACCCCAAACACCAGAUACUUCUCUGGCAGUGUUGAGUGCUGGCAUCAUGUAUGCUUGUGUGCUUUCUGCUUGCAAUGAGGCUUCCUACCUUGCUGAGGUAUUUGGGCCCUUGUGGACUGUCAAGGUUUACAGCUGUGAGGUCCAGAAGCCCUCACUCUGUUUCUGCUGCCCUGAAACAGUGCAGCCAGAGGAAGGGCAAACAGGUGGGGCUGCCAGGCCAGCUAACCAAGAGACUGCUCCAGCUCCUCCAGUGCAAGCCCAGCAGCUUUCCUAUAGCUAUUCUGCCUUCCACUUCGUCUUCUUCCUUGCAUCACUCUAUGUCAUGGUUACCCUCACCAACUGGUUCAGCUAUGAGGGAGCAGAACUGGAAAAGACUUUCACCACGGGCAGCUGGACUACCUUCUGGGUCAAGGUUGCCUCAUGCUAGGCCCGUGUACUCCUCUAUCUGGGGCUGCUACUGGCACCAUUCUGUUGGUCCCCAACCCAGGACCCCCAGCCUCCUCUUAUCUUCAGGUGACACUGUCAUGGCAUCGUAUUGCCAGAUAACAAAUAUCCAGUCUAGGUACUUUUAACAAACUGGGGUUCCCUUCAAAUUGUACCCCUAGUCUUGACUCACAGGAGCUGUCCAGCCCAACAAAUACCUCAAGGACAUAAUGGGUAGUUACCUCCCUUUAGGCUAAAAUCAGUAGUAUGUCUGACUUGAAAAAAGUGGCCAUACACACCCUAAUGCCCUGGGCAGAGUAUCUGACACGCUGGAGCUACCGUUACGUCUUCACCCCAGCUCAAGAGCCUGACUCCCAAGUCAGCAGCUCAGGAACCAGCAGACAGUGCGGCACCAGCUCCUUCCUGGCUCUCAUGGUGGAGAUGGGGGCAGGGAAAGACCAACAGGGACUGAAGACUUACUUGGCUCUGCCCUUGGAGAUAAAAAGGAAAAUAAGGAAUUCAGCCCUGGGUACAGGGAUUUAAGAAGCCCAGAACCCUAGAACAAACCAGGACACAGGAAGAAAGGAGCACAGAGACUACCCUAGGUUUUAAUCCUGAUGUUGAGGUCAAAGGAAAUGGGACGACAAAAACCACCCUCACAUAAGGAAUGACAGAACAGAAGAGAAUGUGAACACUUGAGAGCAGCUAACCAUGGGAAGUCAGUGAGCAGCAGGAUCUGGGCCAACUUCCAAGCAGGCAAAACUGAGGAAGAAUGAGGAAGAGGGGCAUAAAUUUAGGUCUUGCAGCCUUCCUUCUUAGGACCUCAACUCCAUCCGUAGGAUGAUGUUCAGGGUCUGAGUGGGGGACAAAAAAAAUCACAGAAAAGAAGUCCCUAAGGCUCUUAGAGGAUUUCUCUACCACAUACCCAGAAUACCUGUUUGUUGCAGUACAAAAAAGAAUUUUUUCCUGUGAUGUUUCACUUAGUCUACAUAUCCACAUCCUUUUAGAGUCUGAAGUUCUCUCCCCUCUUGGUGGGAAAGGGCAGCCAUUCCUCCAUCCCCAUCCCCCCAAAUCCCCAGUCAAACCAGGCGCUCAAGGAAUUACAAAGCUACUUUUAAUACUUUGGGGUGAGCCCCACAGGAAUAAAAAACACUGGGAAGGGGUAACCCCCUCACCCCCAGGAGUGGCCCAGGGGGAGAGAGGCUACCUGAGGGGAAGGAAGCACAAAAGGGACUCGCUGCAGACUCAGGGCAAAGGGAAUGCCAUCGGUGCUGGGACCUGUGAGCACUACAGGAGAAAACGCGAGCGUGGUAGGACUGGCUCCAGGCACACAGGCGAAGGGCAAGAGGGUUGGACACGAAGCCACAAAGCUACUUGGGUUCCUCCUUCUUCUCGUUUGCCUUUUUCUGCUUC